AUUUCAAAUUUUGAAUUAAAUUUCAAAGAACGGAAGCAGUAGAAAACAAAAUUGCAUUUGGCGCUACUAUCGUUUUCUUUUUACUUUGGACUUCCUCUUCCGUGUACUUCGAGUAAAACUCACGUAGAUUAACUAACAGAGAAAAAUGGCAAAGUCCAAGAAUCAUACCAAUCAUAAUCAAAAUCGUAAAGCUCAUCGUAAUGGCAUCAAAAAACCAAAACGUUACAGGCAUGAAUCUACGCUUGGUAUGGAUUUAAAAUUCUUGAGGAACCAACGCUUUGCAAAGAAGCACAAUUUGAAACCCAAAGAACAAUUAAAGAGGGCAGAGAAACGUAAAGCCCUUCGUGAAGCUAAGAAAUAGUUUUCUCAUAUAUAAAUGAUUUUAUUAUAAUAAAAAUU